UGAAUUAAUUUCAUGUUGAGUAAUUAAAAAUUACAUUAUCUCUAUGUAAAUUCGAAUUUCCCGCGUUUUAUCCUGGGAAGAUAACCAACGGCUUAUCAACAAGACAAAUCACUCUGUCGUUUGUAUUCUAUGAUUUCUGUGGGUUAACCUCAACUCUGAAAAAACUUUAACGGACAAUAAUGCGGUUCAAAAGAUAACAUGAUUUUAUAUGAUUCAUCAUAACUUAUCAUGAUAAUAUAUUUUAAUUGAACAGGUUACAAUAGGACAAAGUUCUUACUUGGAUAAGUUCCUCUAACUUAUAAACUCACAAUGAGUAAAUUGAAUACAAAUUUCGAUAUAAUAUCCAUUGAAAAAAAAUUACAAAUCGAAGUGAGACCUAAUGCCAGCAAUGGAUUGUGGUUGUCAUUUCUUCUACCUAUUGCUCUUAUAAUUUCUGCAUUGAAACACUAUGUGGUGUUGAGUGAUACAUACAAGUCGUUACUGAUUUUUUCAAUCGGUAUAAUUUUCACCAAUAUCUUUAUACUCCAAGCAUUAAAAAGAAAACAUUAUGUAUCAGUGUUUCACUUAUGGAUAUUUAUUCCGUUGUCAAUAUUAUUUAUUUCUUUAAAUCAAGGGACUGUUUUUGCUAUCUAUAGUGGAUUUUUUUGUACCAUCUUAUAUAGUAGGAUUUACUUAAUGGUGCUCAGAAUGUUUCCCAAAUCUUUUACUUUAGGAGAGGCUGCUUUAACAGCACAAAGUGUAGCGAUAUUGUUAUAUACAACACUGCCACAUUUUUAUUAUUCUAUUGGAGAACCAAUUACUAAAACUGGCAGAUCAUCUACUAUUAUUAUACAGAUGGAACUCUUGGGAAUUAUGAUACUAGGAGGGUUUUUAUAUUAUUUCAGCAUUAAAAACAUUGCUGUUUACUUUUGGGGUUUUCUGAUCUUAUUAACUACUUUUCUGUUUCCGUUGCAUAUUUUUCUACAGAGAAGCCCUAUUCUAUGGAUAUUGAGUUUGCUUUUAGAGGAUCUAGCCACAAUUAGAAUGGUCUCAUAUUGGGUAAUAUGUGUUUGUAUAGCUACAUUAGCAAUAAUAAAACAAAGGAACACAGGUAAUAAGGCAUCAUCCUCAAAAAGAAAAAUUUUCCACAUUUUGGCUGUCGCAGUUUAUAUACCAGGAUUGAUGUAUAAGUGUAACCUCUUGUAUCUUGGUAGUGGCGUGUUACUUGGGAUAUUUUUUUUACUAGAGAUUUUACGUAAUCUAGCUAUACCUCCACUUGGUAGACUUCUACAAGAGAGUUUCAUGACUCUAAGUGAUGAAAAGGAUGCAGGAUUACUUGCUGUUACCCCUAUCUAUCUCUUAACAGGAUUCACAACUCCUAUUUGGAUACAUCCUUCUCCUUGUGACAUUACAGAUUCGGCUUACUUUGAGUUUCUACCACUUAUCAGUGGUGUACUAUCUGUUGGUAUAGGGGACACAGUAGCGAGUGCUUUCGGAUCUAAGUAUGGCAAACAUUUUUAUCAUGAUUCAAAGAAGACUAUCGAAGGAACUCUGGCUUCUAUUAUCUCCCAACUAUUAACAGUAUUUGCUCUAUAUGAAAUAGGAUUUAUCGCUAAUAUGGACCAGUUCAAUUGUGCAAGAAUAACAAUGGCUGUUAUACUUACGUCUUUCAUUGAAGCUAAGACGGAUCAAAUUGAUAAUGCAAUACUCCCUCUGAUUAUGUAUAUAAUAUUAAUAUAAAAAUUUGUGGAUGAUGCGUAAAGGCUAAAAAGUGAUAUAUUCACGCCUCUGUGAUUAUAUGUCUAUACCCUGUAUCUUACAGAAUAAGUCAUAUUAUUAUUAAUCAAAAAUCUGAUAUGUAUAUUUUGUAUAAAACAGUAUUUAUUUGAAUAAAACUUUUGUCGUA